GAUUUCAACGACCUCUCUCUCCCCAUCUAUCUCCUCUCCCUCUCCGCCCAUUUCUCCUCUCCACCUGCGAUCCAUCCGCGCCCGCGAGGAGGAGGGAGCCGGACGCCGCCGCGGGGAGAGCAGGGGAGAGAAGGAGAGGAGGAGAUCGCCGUCGCCGUCGCCGUCGCCGUCGCCGAUCUCGAGCGGGAGCGGAGAUGGGGCUCACGUUCACGAAGCUGUUCAGCCGCCUCUUCGCCAAGAAGGAGAUGAGGAUCCUCAUGGUCGGUCUCGAUGCGGCCGGUAAAACCACCAUCCUCUACAAGCUCAAGCUCGGCGAGAUCGUCACCACUAUCCCCACCAUCGGUUUUAAUGUCGAAACUGUUGAGUACAAGAACAUUAGCUUCACCGUUUGGGAUGUUGGUGGUCAGGACAAGAUCAGGCCCCUGUGGAGGCACUAUUUCCAGAACACCCAGGGCCUCAUUUUUGUUGUGGACAGCAAUGACAGAGAGCGUGUUGUUGAGGCCAGGGAUGAGCUCCACCGUAUGCUGAAUGAGGAUGAGCUACGUGAUGCUGUGCUGCUGGUGUUUGCAAACAAACAAGAUCUUCCUAAUGCCAUGAACGCUGCUGAGAUCACCGACAAGCUUGGUCUGCACUCCUUGCGCCAGCGGCACUGGUACAUCCAGAGCACAUGUGCUACCUCUGGUGAGGGGUUGUAUGAGGGGCUUGACUGGCUUUCCAACAACAUUGCCAACAAGGCUUGAAGCAUCUUGGCCGGGCUUAAAUGAAAGGAAGACAUGGCGGAUAUCCCUGAGUGAACGCUGCCUUUUUACGUAUCGAAACUAUAUAGUCAUGACAGAUAAUGAUGUGGAUGUUUUGGGAAGAUAAAGCUCUUUAGGUUCCACCACCAAAGGAGCUAGCUAUCAGAUUGUUUUUCGUGGGGUGUUAAAAAAUCGUGCGUGUUUCAGUUUGGUUUUUAAUCGAAAGGCUUACGGUGCCUGACUUUUGUACCUCUGUACUCGCCACAGAUGUUGUAGUAUUGACUUGUCUUGGGCAUAGCGUAUUGUUACGUAAUCCUGUUCUGUGCAGCCACCCCCAAUA